AUGCCAUCGCCACAUAUUAAAACAAUUUUGCAGCACCACUUUCCACCGGAAAUAAUCAUCAGGAUCCUCCUGUUCUUAAAGCUAAAUGAUGUUAUUAGUAUACGUUAUAAUCUCCAUAAAUGGAAUCAUCUAACCCAUGAGUCAAUCAAAGGGACGAUCAUUGAUUGUCUUGACUCCGUAAUUUUCAAAACAGUUGAAUUCAACAACACUCGAGAUUUUGUGACCAGGCUUUGUUCAAUUUCACAACACCCUGUGUAUUUUAGAUUCCUGCCUAUAUGCUUCUAUCCAAACCAAAAGCUAUACGUUGACCUACAGCCUUUUAAUACUCAUAUUAAGGUCAUCAAAGUAAUCAGCCUAACUAAUUCCAAAGCAAAUCACCAUGUGUUGGAAACACAUGACAAUGAGCUUGAAGGAUUAAAUCGUUUCCUUCAUUCUCUACCAAAUGUCAUAGCAUUAUUCACCAAUUUGAAUCAAUUGACUUUAUCACAUCCUUUAAAAGAAUUGAAUUUCUUAUGCUAUAAAGGACGACUACACUACAACACUUCUCGAUUAGAAAAGUUAUAUAUAUCAGUACCGUUACAGGAUCAGAAUCUAUCCGCUGAUUUGAAUGACACCGCAGAUAAUCCGACCUGGGGCUUGGAUAAGUUUCAAUUACCAGUAUUAAGACAACUUGUUAUAAACAAUGGUAAAAAUCUGAAUGUUUUUUUGGAUGGUAAAUGUUGGUCUUUCUUGCCUAACCUAACCUAUUUGGCAGUUUAUAAUGAUCGGACAAUGAUUUUAAAAAACUUUGAUGUGGAUAAUGCUUUCCUAAAUCUUAGAACAUUGAAUAUUCGCCAUUGCAGCAGAUUGGAGCUAAGAGGUAAAGUGCGACUCAUCGAAUUACAGAACUUGUAUCUUAAUGAUGUAUGUCUUGCAAAUGGUGAAAUCUUGGAUUUAUCAUUGUGUCCUAAACUUAAGCGAUUGGAAAUUGUUUACACCAACCUCAGGAUUAUCAAAGGCUUUGACUCCAAGUGCUUGCAAAAUUUGUACCAUUUGAGUCUAAAGAAUAAUCAUAUAACAGAAAUCAAAGGGCUAUCCCAGUUGCGUAAUCUCCAAGAAUUGGAUCUUUCGAGAAAUUCUAUUUUGAAAAUAGAAAACUUAAACUCUCUUGUGAACUUGAAAGGGUUAAAUUUAAAGCGCAAUAAAAUUUUAAACAUUUCUGAUGGACUUUCUAACUUGAAGAAAUUACAAGUGUUGGACUUAUCCCAUAAUCUACUAAAACUGGUUCUGAAUGUCAGCCAUUUACUACAUUUGUUGGUUUUGAACUGUUCUCAUAAUAAGAUUUCAAAAAUUAGUAUUAAUUUUUCACAGAUGAAGUCUUUGCAAAUCUUAGAUCUUACUGAUAAUGACUUAAAGGCAAAUAAGUCCUUUGAAUCUUGGUCCAUGGUGAAAAUGUAA